ACGCUCCAGUGGAGAAGGGCUGUCUCCGCAUAGCAUCAGCAGCACGCUCGUAAGGCUAGGCUGCGGGGAGGGGAGGUGAGGGUACCUUCGCGGAUGUAGCCUGGCAGAGCCUGGAAGUCGUUUUAUUCUGCUGAGACCAGGAAGCAAGUCUCGGUGACGAAGUUCGGCUGCCCAAGGCACUCGGCAGCCACCUCCAAACAUUCACGGACGAAAGCAUAAGAGAAGCGUUGUAAGGCACAGGAGUUUAUCUUCCGAGAUACCCUCCCCGCAUCAAACGAUUCCGGCCCAGCACAGCCCGCUGCCUGCCACGAGUGAACUUCACUCUCGGGCCUUGCCCCGCAUCCCGUCCCAUCUCCUCACCUCGCAUAAGUACAGUACAGUCCGCUCUUUCUAUUUGUCCCUCUCCCUCUCUCCCUCUCUCUCACCCUCUCCAUCUCUCGCUCGCUCAGCAUCCGCACAACUACCUAACAGAGAUCGUAUAAGAAUUGACAUCGUACUCCACCACGUCUCUCGGAAGAAGUGCAGGCCGAUGCUGAGCGCUGAAGACUCACGAUCUCUCUCUGACUCCACUUGAUCGGAGCGAGUGAUCGAGUGGACGGACCGGAGCUCGUGUGUCCUCAGCGGCAGCAUCAGAUCGUCAGAAACGAGAAUACCCGAAACGACUGACUGCUGUGUGAGAAGGAGAGGCGGAGCAAAGGGGAGGCCAGGGGAGGGGAGCAGAAGGAGCUGGAUCAGCGAUGACAAUUAUUCCGAAGCUCAGAAGCUUAAAGAUGUUUGAACCGUGGACGUGGGUGGCGUCGCUGGGAUUCUUCGCCUUCCUGAAGACCUUAAUCCCGCGCGAGUACGCAGAUUAUUUACUGAGGGGCUUCCGGCUGUGGCUGCAGAGCUUCACGCCCUACAUCUUCUGCGACGUGAAUGAAUUCGACGCGUCGACCGUCAACACCUUGUUCCGCGACGUGGAGGUGUACCUGAGCUCGAUCACGGCGGAGGCGGCGCUGCGGCUCAGCUUGACGAAGCCGAAGAACGCCAAAGCCACGACCUUCACCAUGGGCACGGACCAGCGCACGGCGGACGUCUUCAACAAUGUGAAGGUCGAGUGGAUUUACAACGUGAUUCCGCGCAACCGGCCCAUGUACACGCACUCGUACCAGAGUUACCAGAGCGACGAGCGGCGCUCGUUCACGCUGCAGAUUGGGCGCAAAGACAAGGAUCGCAUCCUGGGGAAAUACCUCGCGCACAUCCAAGCGCGCGCCAAGGAGCUGAAGCGCGAGGCUCGAGAUCUGCUGCUGUACACCAACGGCAAGGGCCGCGACUCGUACUACUCGCACAAUCGGCCCUGGGAAUCGGUGAAUUUCGUGCACCCGGCCAGCUUCGACACGCUGGCGCUGGACGGCGACCUGAAGCAGCGAAUUUGCGACGACCUGGACCGAUUUGUCGCCAACGAGGCGUACUACCAGCGCGUGGGCAAGGCCUGGAAGCGCGGCUACCUGCUGUACGGGCCGCCGGGCACCGGCAAGUCCAGCAUGAUCGCCGCCAUCGCCAACAAAAUGCGCUACGACGUCUACGACCUGGAGCUGACAGAGGUCGACUCCAACAUCGAGCUGCGCAAGCUGCUGCUGCACACCAACAACCGCUCCGUCAUCGUCAUCGAGGACAUCGACUGCUCGCUCGACCUGUCGGGCCAGCGCAAGCGCAAGAAGAAGCGCGUCCACCCCGAGCCCGCGGCCGCCGGGGUGCCGUUCAAGCCCAGCCGCGACGACCGCAAGGUCACGCUGUCGGGCCUGCUCAACUUCGUCGACGGCCUCUGGUCCUGCUGCGGCACCGAGCGCAUCUUCAUCUUCACCACGAACUACGUCGAGAAGCUGGACCCGGCGCUGCUGCGCGCCGGCCGCAUGGACAUGCACAUCCAUCUGAGCUACUGCACCUUCUCGGCCUUCGUCAUGCUGGCCCGCAAUUACCUGCAGCUCGACGACCACCAUCUGUUCGCCCAGCUGCGCACGGCCUUCGAGGGCACGUUCAUGACUCCGGCCGAGGUCGGCGAGAUCAUGAUCAAAAACCUGGAUUCCCCCACCGCCGCUCUCGAGCAGGUCCUCGCGGCUCUGGACGAGCACCGCGUCAAGCCCCCGCCCCCUCCCCCGGACUCCGACGACGAGCAGGAGGACGAGAAGCCCAAGGACGCUGCGGACAAGAGCAAGCCUGCCGAUGGCGUCGCCCAACCUCCCGAGGCUCCGAAGGCGGACGCGGACUCGCAACCAGCAGCAGCAGCAGAAGUAGAGGUAGAAACCGCCAAGAGCGCCAAGAACCCCGAGAAGGAGAUGUCGCUGCUGGAGAAGAUUCAUCCCGUAGACGACGCCGUGGAAAUUCAGGACGAGGUUGCAACGACGGAGAAGCAGCAGAAGAGCAGCGCCGCGGGCAAUGCAGAGAUUGGAAUGGCGACGGGCGACGCCGCAGUUCCCUCGACCAUUCAUGCCAAUGGAGGCGCCAAUGGAGUCUUGCAAGACGGUGGCGAGAAGGAGACCGGGGACGCGUCCGUGACGUUUUCUAACGGGGGACCGUAUCUUACUACGGCUGGCAAGAAGAAGGUGGUCGCAGGCAACCCUCACUCGAACGGCGUUGCAACGACGGGCUCGAAUGGCAAACAUGGAGAUGUGGCCGACGAUUCUUUCGUAAAGAGUGCGAAAGAUAACGGCGUUGUUGCGAAUUCCCUGAGCACAGCUUGAAACCAUCUUCAUACUUUCCUUGUAUAAAUCGAGUCGGUAGGCUUCUCAUUUGGCUCUUGCAUCUCAGCUCGCUCGGUGAGAACUCGAAUCCUUCGCCGGAUUUUGCUUGCAUUUCUGUCCACGAUUGAUUUCUGGACUGCCUUCAAUUUUCGAGCGACGCUGUUACAGUCAAUAAGUCUGAGUAUGUAAGUUUAAGGGAGCCGGUGAGAAUCGUAGCUAAUGCCGAGACGUGCUCACGAUCGUUUUGUUCUCAAAUUAUGUUGUACCAAUCUGAGUCUUCGAAUUGUACAGUUUCCUCCUCAUGAAUGUGAGAAUCAGGAUGAAUAGAUGCGGCCUGUGCACACUCUGAAGAAGAUCCAAGGCCGUGGACGUUUUUUACGCUUGGUAGUCAAUGAAGGAAACUCUUCUCCACCUUGUACGAGGAUUACCCAGCUACGACUGAAUCAUUCCUUCGUAAAUUCAAAAAAUAUUUCAUUGUGAUUUUGUCC